UGACGCACACCGCUCCUCCGCCCAGACCAGGGAGAUAGACUGGCUCCCCGUGGGGCGGGGCCUCGGAGGCGGAAGUGCCCCGGGCGCUGGCAGCAAGUCUGGCCGAGCCAUGGGAGCCCCGGGCAGAGGCAGCGGCGACGGCCGCACAGGCGGCGGGGGCAAGCGGCACGGAACGCGGUCGGGGUAGCGCGGGUCGAGCGCGGAGCCAUGGGCCGGGCUGGGACCCGGGCGGCGGCCGGGCCGCUGCUGAUGCUGGUGAUGCUCCUCGCUCGACCUCGGCCUGCCGCAGCCAGAGCCAGCAGUAAGAGCGAGGCUGGGCUGGUAUCGGAGCACUUUUCACAGGCCCCGCAGAAGCUGUCCUUCUACAGCUGGUAUGGCAGCACUCGACUCUUCCACUUUCGAGUACCCCCAGAUACUGUGCUGCUUCACUGGCUGCUGCAUGUGUCCCAGAGUGGCUCCUCGUGCACUGAUGUAGAAAUCACCGUGCAUUUCCGCUAUGGUGCCCCUCCUGUCAUCAACCCACUGGGGACCAGCUUCCCUGACAACACCUUGGGGCAGGCCUCCUUCCACAUCAAGGCACUGCUGAGUACCAUGCUGCUGAGCAAUACCUCUGUCAAUGUUUCUCACCCAGCCCCUGGGGACUGGUUUGUGGUUGCCCACCUGCCUCCCUCAUCCCAGAAGAUUGAGGUAAAGGGCUUUGUUCCCACCUGUGCUUACAUCUUCCAGCCUGAAAUGCUGGCCAUGCGGGUGGUUGAGGCUUCCAUCCUGGAGCCUGAUGUUCCUCUUCCACAGACCCUGCUCUCCAACUCCAGCUACCUCAAGAUCUUUGUCCCUGAGUACACCCAAGAACUUCGACUGGAGCUACAGGGCUGUGUGUCCAGAUUGAUCCUUGGCUGCCCUGUGCGUCUCACGGUGGGUGCAACCACCCUGCCCAGAAACUUCCAAAAGGUGUUGACUUGCACCAGCCUUACUCCGUACUGCCACCUACUGCUUUCCUUACCACCCUGGGGCCAGUGGCUGCAAGUGACAGCUGAGAGCCUGGCAGGAUCCCAUGUGUCAGUGGUCUUCACUGCUGAAGUUGCCCUCACAGCAUGUAGGCCAUGGAGUGUGACCUUCCAUCACUUUUUGCAAAACAGCCUAAACCAGAGCAGUGACACCUCUGCGGGUCAGCCAUCCCAAGACCUUGCCCACUUGGACCUGGGCAGGGUAGGCGGUGGCCCCUUCUGUCUCCUGAACUAUCCAGUCAGGAGGGAGGACCUGGAUGUGGUGUCUGUACGCUUCCAGCCCAUGAACGGGGUAUUCGUGCUGGUGAAUUCAGGCAUGCCUUCUAUAAUGCAGCUCCGCCUUGACACAGGCAUGGACAGCGGGGGCUCCCUCACUAUCACACUGAGGGCCAACCAGACAGAGAUCACAAAUGGCAUCUUGGUAGCAGCCUGUAUUAAUGCUGCCUCACCUUUCCUCAGCUUCAACACUUCACUGAACUGCACCACAGCCUUCUUCCAGGGCUAUCCCAUGUUUCUGAGUGCCUCAUCUUACACAGCCAACCUCAUCAUUCCCUACCCGGAGACAGACAACUGGUACCUCUCCUUGCAGCUUGUGUGCCCGGAGAGUUCUGAGGACUGUGAGCCAGCUGUGGCUCAUGUGGAGACCACCUUGUAUCUUAUACCCUGUUGGAAUGACUGUGGACCCUAUGGCCAGUGCCUCCUUCUCCGCAGAUAUGGUUACCUGUAUGCAGGCUGUAGCUGUAAAGCAGGUUGGCGUGGAUGGAGCUGCACAGACAACAGCACAGCCCAGACUGUGGCCCAACAGAGAGCAGCUGCACUUCUGCUCACACUCAGCAACCUCAUGUUCCUGGCUCCCAUUGCUGUGUCUGUACACCGUUCCUUCCUGGUUGAGGCCUCCGUCUACUUUUACACCAUGUUCUUCUCCACGUUCUACCAUGCCUGUGACCAGCCGGGGGAGGCGGUGUUGUGCAUCCUCAGCUAUGACACACUACAGUACUGCGACUUCCUGGGCUCUGGGGCAUCCACCUGGGUGACCAUUCUCUGCAUGGCUCGACUGAAGACAAUCCUGAAACAGGUCCUGUUAGUCCUGGGCACACUGGUCAUCGCCAUGUCCUUGCAGCUGGACCGCAGGGGCAUCUGGAACUUGAUGGGGCCCUGCCUCUUUGCCUUUGUGAUCAUGGUCUCCAUGUGGGUGUACCGUUGUGCUCACCGGCACCAGUGCUACCCUACCUCGUGGCAACGCUGGGUCUUCUACCUCCUGCCUGGCAUCUCCAUGGCCUUGGUGGGCAUUGCCAUCUACACUUCCAUGAUGACCAGUGACAACUAUUACUAUACUCACAGCAUCUGGCACAUCCUGCUGGCUGGUAGUGCAGCUUUCCUCCUGCCACCACGAGAGGAGCAGGCUGAAACCUGGGCCUGCUUGCAGAAAUUCUCCUGUCACUAUCAGAUCUGCAAGAACGAUCGGGAUGAGUUGUACACAGUGACAUGAUAUGGCUGGCUCAUCGACAACCUAAUACUUUGAUGACCUCUUCAACUAGGUCAGAAACAAAAGAGAUGCCCUGCCCAACCUUGACCAGAUUGGUUUCCAUCUGAAUAAAAUAGCCCUGAGACCCUUGGCUUCCCUCCCCAAAA